AAAUCGCCAACUGCGACUUCAGUUUCAAGAAGGCCAUCGCACGACGCGCCGACCUUCAUCCGCACCGCGACAAGCCGACUGACGACACUCGUCAACGCCGAGACGUUAUUCAAGUUCGCGUCACCGCCUUUCUGCAUUACGACAUUACAUGG